AUGCGGCGCGAGGGCGUGGACAUCCACAGCGAUGCGGAGGUGUCCUAUGUGGACGCGAUCCUGGGCACCCAGGUCAAGAUCACCACAGUGGACGGCCCGGUUGAGCUCAAAAUUCCCGCGGGGACCCAGCCGGGCACGACGCUGCUGAUGGCGAAGCGCGGCGUGCCGCGGCUCGGGCAGCCGGGGGUGCGCGGCAACCACCAGGUGCACGUGCGGGUGACGAUCCCCAAGUCACUCAGCAGCGAGGAGCGGAAGCUGGUGGAGGAGCUGCGGGAGGUGACGGCAAAGGCCAAGGUCGGGCCGUUCCGCUUCUGA